GCGGAGCCGAGACACUUAUUGAUAUGUCCAUGAUGUUUCCUAAUACAGGUUCGAUCCCGGAUGAAGAGGUCUUCAAGAGCGCUACGCAAGAUCAGCUAUAAAUUGAUGGAGUUCAAUCGGGAACAAACACGGCAUUCUCACCAGCCUCCCAUCAUCUCUUACGCCUUUCUUCAGCUGGGCUCCUCAUCUCAUCUUUCAGAAUGCAAAAAAUCUUCUCUAUUGCACUGGGGCUGCUUGCAGCGAUAGUCCCGACUAUCUCUGCGGCCAGUGCCGGCUGCGGCAAAAGCCCUAUGUCUAGCGGAACCAAGUCGAUGACGGUUAACGGCAAGAAUCGUCAAUAUAUCGUGCAGGUCCCCUCGAAUUACAAUGCCAAUACACCUUACAAGCUAAUCUUUGGAUACCAUUGGCGCGAUGGUACGAUGAACAAUGUGGCUCCUGGCUACUACGGCCUUCGGGAUCUGGCUAAGGAGACCGCCAUCUUCGUCGCUCCUCAAGGCAUAGGCAAUGGCUGGGCCAAUAACGGCGGCGAGGAUGUGACCUUCACGGACCAGAUGGUCGAUACCAUCAAGAACUCGCUGUGUGUCGACGAGAAGCAAAUCUUCGCGACAGGGUGGAGCUACGGCGGCGCAAUGUCCUACUCCCUUGCCUGCUCUCGACCCAAUGUGUUCCGUGCUGUUGCUGUCAUCUCGGGUGCACAACUCAGCGGAUGCUCAGGCGGUAACACGCCGGUCCCGUAUCUCGGCAUCCACGGUGUGGUUGACAGCGUGCUCAACAUAAACCUUGGCCGCCAACUCCGAGACAAGUUCCUCCAGCUAAACGGGUGUCAAUCUAAGAACGCGCCCGAGCCAGGAGCGGGAUCAGGCUCUCACAUCAAGACCACAUAUAGCUGCAGAGCCGGCCUUCCCGUCUGGUGGAUUGCGCACAGCGGAGACCACGUCCCCGACCCCAGAGAUUCCAAUGGGCAAUAUUGGGCUCCUGGAGAGACCUGGAGCUUCUUCACACAGGCAAUUGGCAAUAGCCUCCUUCUCGAUGAAGGAAACAGCACGCAACCUCUCAGUGACUAAAACGGAGAAUAGACUAGCCUCGGCGUCGAUACCUGGUAGCCAGGUAGUGGUGGCGGCAAUUACGUUAUCACUAAUUUGAGGAUGGCAUCGUCACCAGGCUUAAACCAGUUCUACUUGCUGCCAGUUGGGGAGCAGUUCCGAAUCCAAUAGAAAUUGGUGCUGUUGGUGCUGCAACUGAACAUUAAGCAUAU